AGUACCUACUAAGAAGUUGUGUAAUAUAACGAACGAAGCCGAGCGGCCACACCCUUCAAACCGCAUUAUGGACUCGUCCGGCCGCGCUCUUUCCCCACUCCAUAAACUCUGCGACCGAACAGCUGGAACAGAAAUUCUGUCUGUGGAGUGUCGAACGGUCACCGGAUUCUAAAUACAAAGCUUACUCGGCAAAUGUAUGUAAAACUGUGAAGUGAACAAUCCUUGUGCAUAGUGAAGAUGAACAUUUUCGUGUAUUAGCCAUCGAAUCGUCCUUGAAAUUGUUUGGGAUAUAUUUAUUCAGUGUCACUGGCACACGUGGUACCAACUUGAUCAAUAAAAUACGUAUUUAUUGACAGGAAUAUAAGGAUUACAGUGUUUUUGUUUCACUCACAAUGGCUGGUAAUUGAACGACCUUCCGCUUCCAAGACAAUGCCUGGUCCAGAACAUGGAAAAUCGCCGGUCGAAAUUAGCCGGUAAUAUAAGAUGGGCGUUGUUGAUCACGUUAUUUGUGGGGAUCUCGGCAACGCACACCCGCCACGGAAAUGGCUUCCUGAAUCAACGGUCUCCGCCGGUCCAUCCAAGAAACUGCCUCGUCUCCAACUACAGCGUUCUACAAUGUCGAAAUCUGAACACGGAAAAUGUUUCGAUUCCCGAGGGUAUCAGCCGACUCGACUUGGAACAUGUUUCAGGUCGACCUUUGGACGUCAAAAACGUCCGCCAAAUACGGUGGUUGUACAGCGAUUUGACUAGCAUCAAUGAGAUGAUACGCAAUCCUCAGUCGCUGCAGAAACUAGAUUUUUCUUACAACAACAUCAGCUAUCUGCGGAACUAUCAGUUCCGCGAGUUAACAGAUCUGAUCGGUCUCAACCUAUCUCACAACGCAAUCAACGAUCUUCCCAGGGAUGUCUUCGAAUACCCCGACAACAUACUCAGGCUCUGCCUGUCCUACAACCUCCUCAAAGCAAUACCCUUUCAAGUCUUCGCGCCGAUGGUCGGCAUGCAAGAGUUGGACUUGUCGCACAACCAACUAGUUACAUUUCUUGAUCACUUUUUCAAACUGAACCGGAACAUCGAAGUGUUACUACUCAAUAACAAUAACAUCACGAAAAUCACGUCUAACGCUUUUGCUGAUUUGGUUGAAUUGAAAAGGCUAGACUUAUCUCACAACUCGCUACAGGCCAUCUCGAUGGGGUUGUUUGAUUCGUUAAGCAAUUUGGAGUACUUAAAUCUAGCUCACAAUCCCCUGGUGAACAUGCCUAGUGGAACAUUCAGGGGGCUGGGCAAACUGAAGAUACUCGAUCUGAGCAGCAAUAAGUUAUCGCAGUUGUCUUUCGGUUUGUUGCACUUCAGCCCGCUGUUAAUCUCCCUCUCUUUAGACGACACUCAGAUAGAGGUGAUCCACGAUACCGAACUGCUAGGGGUGCCUAAACUGGAAUUCCUCAGCCUGAGGAGGAACAAGAAGCUUAAAGAGAUAGAGACUUACGUGCUCGCAGAUACGCCUGCUCUCCGAGAGCUGGAUAUCAGCGGCAACGACUUGACGUUCCUACCGCUAUCGAUUGCGAAUCUUUCCUCUCUCAAUAAGCUGAAUAUCAGCGACAAUCCUUGGGCGUGCGACUGUCGAAUGUACUGGUUUGCUUCUUGGGCCACCGCCAAGAAAAAGUCAAAUAUGACCAUGUCUGACUUGAGUUGUGGGCCUUACGCCUACCCCAACGAUAUGCUGCCGACUUUACAACAUCUAAACUGCACCAGCCCCCGGAUAGUUUACAAAACUCCUACGAAGCUCUACCGUCUGAAGACGGACGCCUUACUGGAAUGCAAAUACGCGGCGAACCCACCCCCUUCUAUCACUUGGGUAACGCCGAAGAGGGAGGUCUACCACUGGAACCCGGACCCCAGCGUCGCAGAUGCGUUCAAGAAACAUCCGCACGCCCACGAUCAAAUGAUCACCCCUUUAAGGAUCAUCCCGCCGAGGAUACAGGUGCUCGAUAACGGCACCCUUUGGGUCAGAAACGUUACGAGACAAGAUUGCGGAAGGUACUUCUGUUACGCCAGCAAUCCUAUAGCUAAUUACACGGAUGACGUGUUGCUACACAUCGAUCCAGCAGAUUGGAAUCAUGUCAGGAUAAUAAGCUUGAUUGUUGGAACUCAAAGCGCCGCGGGAUUCCUUGGACUUACUCUGCUUAUCCAACUACUGAGAUAUUUGAUGAACAAGUUCGGUUUGCUAAACAACUUUUGCAGUUUUUGUAAGCGGGAUCGUGUUUCGCCAAGGGCGCGCCAAAUUUACGCCAUGUUGGAUAACGUCGAACAGUACAAGAGUCAACAAUUAGAGAGACUGAGAGAAAAUUAUACCCAACAGGUUCACAGAAUAAAAGACAAUUGCGCCCAGCAAAUGGAUUGGAUUCAGAAUAGCUAUCAGUCCCAAGCAAAACACCUUAAAGACUUCAGGGAUAUCGGUACGGCUCACCUCAGUACUUUGCGCGGCCAGUACUGCGAUCAGGUGAAAAAAGUACGAGACUACUCUACCACACAGCUCAACUGGGUGCGAGAGAACUAUGUCUUUCAACGCAACAAGAUCCGCAAGUUCAGCGCCCAUAAAGUCCUGCAACUGCGUGAAACCUACAAGUACCAGCAGCAAACACUGAACAAGGUCCUGGAAAACCUUCCCAGUCUCUAUUUUGAAAACUGCCGCGCCGGUACCUGCGGACGUGCUGAAUCCUUAGUGUUCGAUCCCCAGGACGUCGAGAGCGUGGACUGCUACAUCAAAGCCAAAAUGGAAAAGUUAUCAAACUUCUACUGCAGCGCUACGGACGUCACCCAGAGCAGGUUAUCAUUGUACUACACACCAUCGGAAAGAUCCGCAGCUGAAAACUUGCCAACGGAUCCUCUGGAAGGGAUCUACAUCAACUACAUCGAAGAGCCCCCUAGAGGUAUACUCCUCAUGGAGGAACCAUCGACUUCGAGACAGGCGAUGAUGGCCGAAAGCCUGAAACCUGUGCCGAGCACCGAGGAACUACUUCGCAAUGAACUGUGCAAAGUUGAAGUUGUGCCCAGUACCAGCUUCCAAUUCGAUGGGGCUCGACCAAAGGAAGAAGUGCAACAUGAAACCUCACUGUAAAAUCUUCAUUCGAUUAAAUAAGACUGCUGUGAUAUAAGUGAAAAUAGAUGCCACGGUGUAGGAACUGCCUCACUAGUGCCAACGUAGUAGCUGCAAAGCUGAUUUUUUGCAUUAAACGAAUUUUGCCAAAUACAGUUGAUUUCUGUAGUGCAACAGUGUUUUUUCUUUAGGGAAGAAACGGUGUUCCAGUUGUAAUUAAGUAGACUUAUUAAAGAAUUGGAUGAACUAGUCAUUUUGUGCUAAGACUGAACUGGAUUGUCCUCACAAGAUGUUUGAAAAUUGUGAUGGUCUCAUUAUGAACACUGAGAAUGAAAAACAAGCUCGAAUAAUCUCUGUUAUGAAGUACGACCCUAUCGUCACUGUUUUCCAACAUCUUGUUACAUAUACUCCUCACAUCCUACAAAAACUGUGAUUUUAUUCAAUAGGCUACCUUCGAAUGACCACAAAUACAACGACCGUUUCUAUACUCAUCUUCAGUAAUUUGUCAAAAUCAAAUCGGUACAAUCUGCAAGAUAUAAUUUUCCUUGCACCAGACGUUCCAAGGUAGCCAACACAACAGACAUCCUUUCACAUUCUGCUGGGAAAAAACAUCCGCAGAACAUGUUAUGCUUCCCAAAAAAGUUAGGCCCUUCAAAUUUAAAUAUUUAAUAUUUAGGCAAAUUUUCUCUAUUAUAAUAGAAAUAGAUUGUGAAUUUUAACGAUGUAUAUUCAUCUGUCAAGUCUCGGGGCGAAUUUGGUGUUAUUAUUUGCUCACAUAUUCUCGUAGCCUGUAUAGUGUGAUGAUUUGUACAGCAUGUAGUGUGGAAUACAAAAAUAAUACUUUUACUCUUGCAAAUUAGAGCAUGAAAUCAACUCGAUCAUAACGAAUGAUCCAUAUUUUUAUUCAAUUUUUUGUUUUUGCAGAAACACCUCGGGAAUUUCAAGUGUCUCUUUUUGAUAUGUUGAAUAUUCAUUUGUAUGUGGAAUUUAAAGUGGUAAAGGGAAAUUAUUUUCUAUACGAGGGUACCAAAUAAGAAUAAAAACCAACAUAAUACUAUUUUUAUUAUGGAUCUUUGUUGUCCUCUUUGUAAAUGCGAUUCUUUAUAAAAUGUUGAUCAAUGUCAUCUCAUUAAUAAAAUUAUAAGACGAAAA